GCCACCCACUUGGGAAUCCUGCCUACUUGCGUGAACUCGCACAUCUACCAGUGGCUUGGAAUCGGACGCGCUGCUAGGGCAGUGGCUGCGGCGACAUUUCGAUUCCCUAAAGAACCGAUUGUAACUGUCAGUCUGCUCCGCACGAAUGAUUUGAGAAAAAGCGAUAUGACGGCUUCUGUCCUCCUUGAGCCAGGAGCCAAUGAGUCUACUGCAAGAGGUAUGGACGAUGAAGCUGAAAGCCGGACCCUUAUGUCCAUACCUUCAUUCAAGAAAUUCCAUUUUAUCUGGGUAGAGCAGGAAGAUGCACUGCUUCUUGAACUGAAGAAGGCGCUGGAGGAACACAGAGAUGAACAAGAGUGUGCCAAACUGGUGAAGAAAUGUUACGACCACUAUACGGAAGCUGCCCACGCAAAAGUCCGAGCAGCCCAUGAAGAUGCCUCUUACAUUGCUACCGGAGCUUGGAAAACCCCUUUCGAAGCAGGGAUGAUGUGGAUGGGUGGUUGGCGCCCCACCACAGCCAUAGUGUUGGUCUUUUCCUUAAUAGGGUUACAAAUAGAGAACGAGCUUCAGCGGUUGCUUGAAGGCAUCAACGUAUCGUCCAUGGCAGCCCUCUCGGCCAAGCAACUUGCUAAGUUGAACGCCCUUCAGCAACAUACUUCCACAGAAGAGGACGAAAUCUCAAAUCGCCUUGCUGUGCUACAGAUGUUGGUGGCAGAUCAGCAAAUGACUCGUGCAACCACAGCUGAUCCUCCUUCAAGUGACUGCUUUAAUAUGGCCGAAAUAAGGGAAGCAAUAGAGCCUAAGCUUGCAGGACUUCGAGAUCUGUUUGUUGAAGCUGAAACGCUUAGGCUACGAACCCUCCAGGAAUUGUUCGAUGUUUUAAGCCCCAUCCAAGCAGCUCAGUACGCUGUUGCCGCACUAGAAAUGGCCAAAGCUAUACACAAGUUGGGUGCCGAGUUCCGAAACGCACAUUCUGGAGAUGUGAAUGCACGGACUUCCGAUAAUCCUGGUUUAAAUAUUUGGGACAUUGCGUGUCAAGGAGAUGUGGAGAAACUACAAGAAGCUUUUAAUUUAGGCUUGAAUCUCUCUGAAACAGAUUAUGAUGGCCGGACGCCUUUGCACCUUGCUGCAGGGAGGGGCCAUUUAGACUGUGUAGCCCUACUGGUGGAGAAAGGUGCUGAAGUCAAUGUUAAAGAUAAUGACGGAGUAAGCCCACUUAUAGACGCGUUGAAAGGGGGUCACGAUCAGGCUGCACAAUUUCUUCUUAAUAAUGGAGCGACACCUGAAAUGAAGGAUGCUGGUAGUGAACUGUGCAAGGCAGCAGCGAACAAGGACAUGGAAUUUGUGGAGAGGCUUGUUAAGGCAGGUGUGGAUCCAAAUGAGGCAGAUUACUCUCAACGGACGCCAUUGCAUAUUGUAGCAGCUGAUGGAACAGCCAAGGAUGUUGAGUUUCUAGUGCAAGAGGGUGCUGAUGUGCUCGUCAAGGAUCGGCAUGGAUAUACACCCUUGGAUGAAGCAAGGGAGAACGAUAAUGAAGCCACUUUAAAGGUUUUGGAAGCCGAGGUUGCUCGACGUCAGCAUGAGUUGGAAGCCGAUGACAACAAUUCUGAUGAUAACAGCAGUUCAUCUCCUUUGGAUGAUGUUCAAGACAUGGACUUGCAGUUCUUAGAAGGUGAUCAUGAGGACCACAUGCUAAAAUGAGUUGAGUGGUAGUUCUGUGGGACUGCGAGGUGCCAUUUUCAAGCAAGGCGAGGUUGUAUUUCUCUGAAGUAACCUUUGUUAUGGACACAAGUCUGCGGUCAUUUGAAUAGUGUUUUAGACUUUGCAAGCAUGUUUUUUUGGGAAAAAUCAAAUUUUGCGAGUUAAUAGUAUUAGGUAGGUUCUAAGCCACUAUGUUGGAGUUAAGCUUGGUGUGGUUUGUAUUAUAUAUUGAAGAAGCCACUUUAGGGCUUCGAUUGGGUAGCUCUAGGUUAAGACUAAGAACAGGUGAGUUGCAAGUGUUGGGCACAAAAUUUACAUCAACUGGGUUUGGUAGGAUGUAGGAGCUCCGUCUGAAAUGAUCACUCUCCUUUUAGUAGUGACUUUUGAUCGGAACUUAGUUCUCCUGAUUUGUAAACAAGGAGUUUUUGUUUUAACAGAUUCCAUGUGGUUUUUGGAAUUCUUUCUUACA